AUGAAGCUGUCUGUAUUCACAUCCGUCCUCCUGGCUGGCCUUGUUGCCGCUCAGCAAGAGAAGUUGCCUAAAUGCGCUCAACCAUGUGUUGACAAGUACACCACCGGCGGCGGCGUCGCGGGAUGCGGACAGCUCGACGUCAAGUGCAUCUGCAGCAACAAGAACUUCCUGUCUGGCAUCGCAUGUUGUCUUGAGGACAAGUGUGAUGCCGCCGGCAAGGAGACCGCUGUCAAGUACGCCAAGCAGAUCUGCUCGACCGCCGGAGUCACCGACCUGCCCGACGAGGUUACAUGCGACAAGAGCGCCGCCUCUGGCAGCGCAACUGGUACUCCUACUUCCAGUGCCGGUAGCAGCCAGACGACGCCCGCGAGUGCCAACGCCAGUGGCGAUAGCGGCAAUGCUGCUGCGCGUGAGGGCGCCGCUGGUGUCUUGGGUGUUGUCAUGGCUAUGCUCUUUGCCCUGUAA